ACUACUAAAGUGCCUCGGAGGCGAAGAGUUCGGGUUCACGAAGAACUUCACUGGAGACAACAUUCCGCCCUACGGCAUUCUUUCGCAUACAUGGGGUGAAGAUGAGGAAGAGGUCACCUAUCAAGACAUACUGCAUGGAACAGGCAAGGACAAGAAAGGGUACCUUAAGCUCAAGUACUGCGGAUGGCAGGCCGAGAGAGAUGGUUUUGAGUAUUUCUGGGUCGACACGUGUUGUAUCAACAAGGACAGCAGCGCAGAACUAAGUGAAGCGAUCAACUCAAUGUAUCGCUGGUAUCAGAACUCUGGCAUCUGCUGGGCCUAUCUCCCCGAUAUCACUAGCGUUCCACUAGAUGUAACGAAAGACGACUUCAAAAGAUGUAAAUGGUUCAAGCGAGGUUGGACAUUGCAGGAGCUGAUCGCUCCACGCGAUGUCCACUUUUUCAACGAAACAUGGGAGAAGAUCGGUACCAAAGAUGAUCUGGCCGGACUUAUAUGCGACAUAACUCGUAUUGAUGAGAGAGUUCUGUCGGAAUACGAAAGGGACAAAUGGUCUGUCGCUCAGCGAAUGUCGUGGGCCGCGGAGCGUAUUACGACAAGGCCGGAGGAUCGGGCCUACUGCCUGCUUGGUAUAUUUGACAUAAACAUGCCAUUGCUUUAUGGUGAGGGUGACAAGGCAUUCCUCCGACUCCAGGAAGAAAUCAUCAAGCAAGAUGAUGACCACUCAAUCUUCGCAUGGCAGAUGGCCUCGGGUAUGAGGACUUCCGGUCUGCUAGCCCCAUCCCCAUCCUGUUUCCUUGACGCCGCCAGUAUCGUAGUUAGGCCUUCUCGAAGAGCACAGAAAGGCUUCAAAAUGACGAAUCGCGGCCUGUCCAUCUUCUUUGAUAUGACUCCCUUCGCUGUCGGCACCUAUCUAUCUUUCCUCCAGUGUUCGCGAAGAGGACCCUUUGGACACAGACUAGGGCUUGCAAUCUCCCUACGACUUCU